AUGGACCGACUCUCUGCACGGCAGAAGCCAGACGCAGAAGCGCUCAUGGCUCUCCAGCCACGAGCAUCAAACCUUGAGAAUGCAGUGUGUCUUUUCCGCUCACGACAUAGCGAAGGUUCUCCUUCUAUGAGCGCAAGCCCCAACUCUGCUCCCGGCGGCACACCACACAUGCACAUGGUGCGCGCCUUAGCCUCGGCGUUGGUGUUCUUCUACCGUCGGAUUCGUAAGGUGAACCCAUUGGUUCUUCAAGACAGCGUCAAUGACGUCGUUGAUUCACUGCACGCUUUCGACGAAGCGCUCGAGAGGAACAAUCUGCUUGGCCCAGGAACAGCGUGGCCUGCAUUUAUUGCGGGAGCGGAGGCGAGAGGGAGACAAAGAUCGCUAUCGCGGAGUGGUUGGACAAGGGAUUUUCGAGGAGUGGAUUUGAGAGUCAUAAAUCUUCGAAGGAGCUUUGAGAAAGUUGAUGUCGCAAAGUUAAGGUCUAAGUUGAUGCGACAACAGACCUGGAAGACCGCCCUGGAAGCCCGGGCCGCCAAAAACUCCAGUGGCAGAGCCCAAACGAGAAGACGACCCAACACGCUGAACUAG